AUGGCUGAUAACACACCUGCUCCAUCGUCGUCUAAUGAAGGUCGUGGUGGUCGCCGCCGCGGCUUUGGAGGGGCUCCCCCCUCCGGACGCGCUAACUCGCACCAAACCCCUGGAAAUGGCGCAGGAAAUAGCGCAGGAAAUGGUGCAGGAAGAGGCUCAAAGUCUCGUGGCCGUGGAGGCCGUCGCUCUAACGGACGCGCCAAGCAAAAUGGUACGGAUGGCGAAGAGCAAGAAUCCCAACCACAGCCUACCGCAAAGGUCACAAAAGCGCUUCCGGCGGCUACCGAUGACGCCGAUGACGGCGAGGUUUGCUUCAUCUGCGCUUCAACAGUAGAACAUACCUCAGUCUCACCUUGCAAUCACCGAACUUGCCACAUAUGUGCCCUUCGGCUUCGUGCUCUGUACAAGAAUAAAGCCUGUGCGCAUUGUCGGAGUGAAUCGAGUUUUGUGAUCUUUACCGAUGACCCCGUACGACGAUUCGAAGAUUUUAAGAAGCAAGACUUUGCCCGAACCGACGAGAACCUAGGCAUUCAAUAUGAAAAGGAUGAUAUUUUUGAGGAUACAGUGCUUCUACUACGAUACAACUGCCCGGACGAGGACUGUGAUGUUGCUUGCUUGGGAUGGCCAGAUUUGCAUCGCCAUGUGAAGACUCAACAUAGCAAGGUUCUGUGUGAUCUGUGCACUCGCAACAAAAAAGUUUUUACUCAUGAACAUACUCUCUUCACUCCGGCCCAGCUAAAAAAGCACGAGAAAAGUGGCGACGAUAAACCAGGUGCUAUCGACCAAAGUGGUUUCAGGGGACACCCUGAGUGUGGUUUCUGUCGACAACGCUUCUAUGGAGACGACGAGCUUUAUGCUCAUUGCCGAGACCGUCAUGAGCGUUGCCAUAUCUGUGACAGACGCUCUUCGCAUCGUCAGCAACAGUACUAUCUUGAUUACAACGCCCUCGAAACGCAUUUCCAGAAGGAUCAUUUCAUUUGCCUGGACAAGGAAUGCCUGGAGAAGAAAUUUGUCGUGUUCGAUUCAAGUAUGGACCUCAAAGCCCACCAGCUAGAGUCACACCCAGAGGGAGUAUCUAAGGAUAUAAGGAGAGACGCACGACUUGUUGACCUUUCUGAAUUUGAUAAUAUGCGAAGCCCUUAUCAGCCACAACGUCAACGUCGUGGUGCUGGUAGGGGCCGCGAUCCCAAUGCAGAACCCCUGCCGCAAUCAAGUGCACAACCAAUGAGGCGAGACCAACUUGCCUAUCAGCGACAAAUGGCCAUCCAGAGCGCGCAGUCUGUCUCUACUCGAAGCUUCGGUGGCCAGUUGUCACGAAAUGAUACCCAGACAGUGCAGGCUCCGGAUCGAUCAGCCGGUACCACUCCUGUGCAGUCUUCUGCAUCGCGUUCUCAACGGCCCCCGGCUGCAGAGCUAGAGAGCCUCAGCUUAGCUGCUAACCCUCAACCAAUCGGUCCACAUGAUCAGGCACGGCAAUUGCGCCACACGGCUGUGGUCGAUCGGGCCUCAAACCUCUUGCGCAAUGAUACCCAUAAGCUUGCCGAGUUCCGUACUCGAGUUUCCAGCUACCGAACUUCUUCGAUUUCAGCUACGGGCCUCAUAGAUGCCUUUUUUUCUUUGUUUGAUACAUCUAGUUCUGAACUGGGUAAACUCAUUAAGGAACUUGCCGAGAUUUACGAGGAAGAGGAUAAACGAACAGGUCUCUUACAGGCAUGGAGUGACUGGCGCGCCAUCAAUGAGGAUUAUCCUUCUCUCCCCGGUCCGGGCGGAAAUAUCCCAGGUAUGCCGGGUACUGCGAAUACCGGUGGUAUGCGCGUAUUACGCUUAAAGUCAUCCACUGCACAGUCAUCACGAUCCGCUGUCGGCAAGAACCGCGCCGUGCAAUCCUCAUCAAAUCCUUUCCCUCCACUUUCUUCUUCUUCUGCCGGCCCAUCCAGUCGCCGAACUCCAGUUGGUGCAACCCCAUGGGCUGUCGCCGCCCCACCCCCUUCCCUGGCACGUCCAUCCGUUACUGCUACUAGUACCCCCAAUCGCUCCUCUUCUUCCACACCAACCACCUCCACUCGCCCACUUCCCAAGCCUGCAUCCGAUGCAUUCCCUGCACUUCCUGCAGCUCCUAAGCUUAAUGUGAUGAUGGCUGGCAAAUCGCGCGGCUCCGCUGCACGCUGGGAUGAACGGCGCACACCGACCUCUGCCGCUUGGGGAUCCAAUGAACCCUCGGGAGCUACUUCUCCUGCAGAGUUUGACGAUGAAGCAGUUGGUCAAAAGGGAAAAAAGAAGAAGGGAAAGCAGACCUUGUUUCACUUUGGAUAA